AUGUUGAAAAUAUUUGACUUGACCGAGAGCUGGCAAGCAUUGCAUAAAGAAAAUUGUGAUUGUUUUAUUGGAUUGGUGAAGGAUUUGUCGAGUUGGGAAAUUGUCGGAGGUUGUGAGGAUUAUCAUGAUGAUAUUCGUUCUAGUACUGACGAUACAAGUCAUCGAUCCAAUCAUAAUUCAAUGUUUAAUGGACAAUCAUCAUCGGGUUUUGGAAUUUUUCAGUAUUUUCCUCUCACAGUGAACAUGACUCAAGGAACAUAUUUACGUAAAUUGGAUGAAAAGUAUAAGAUGAUUCUCGCAAGUCUUGCAAAAUUUGAAAAUAUUUGUGAUCAAUUGGAUAUUAUUCAACAGGAAGCAGACUUAUUUUAUCAUCAAUUGCACAGAGAAUUGCUCUCCAGCAUGGAAGGAAAACGAAAUGAAAAAUCUCUCUAUAACUUUACAAUAAUUGAAGAAUACAUUUCUGGAGUGCGAGAAAUUUUCAUCAUGUUUAAAAAAGAAUAUUAUCGAUAUGAAGAGCUAUUUCAACAAGAAUUGAAUUAUCUAGGAAAAUCCUUAGAGCAAAUCAAGGAUGUAUAUAGAAAAUACUCGACGCACCAGUAUAUUAAAAUUAAUAGAGUCAUUCAGGUGCUUGAAAGUACAGAACGAGAAGUGCAACAAGAUUUUGUGGACAAGCACAGAUUUAAGUGA